AUGUUUUGUAUCAAAAAUUUUCGUAUACCGUCGAUUUCUACAAUAUCUCGUCGUAAUUAUGCUGUAACCAAAACUGCUACAGGUCCAGCAGGCGCUGCACUAAAACUUGGUGGUGGCAUAGCUAAGAAAGGUGCUGUAAUAACGACAACAAUUCAACAAUAUCUUGAUGCUGAAACGGAUCCAGAAAAACUAGUUAAAUAUUGUUGUGGUCUUAAUUAUAAAAAAGAUCAAGAAUCGGUAGAAAUUAAAGUCGAUACAGUUUAUCCAGAUUGGUUAUUUGGUUUAGAAAAAUUAGAUAAAAUAGAUAUUGAACAACUUGAUAAGAAUACAUGGGAAUAUUGGACGAGAUAUAAUGAACAAGGUGAAAACUAUCUUCGAGUUAUAAAUGAAAAACGUUUUCCUGAACGUUAUAUUCCCACUUGGUUAAAAGAAUUAAAACCGUUGUAUUAG